AUGUAAAGCAGAGUUAAAAAAAGAGAUGAUUCAAAUAAAGAGAUAAUGAAUGUAUUAAUUGCGGAAGAUGAUUUAUUCUAAAGUAUAUGCAUUUAUAAACUUUGAUAGGAGUAGCUAUAGUGGAUUUAUUAUAAUUAUGUGGAUUUUAAGUUAUUGCUUGCAAAAAUGGAUUAGAAGCUAGAGAUGAACUAUUAAAGAAUGAGAAUGAAUUUGAUUUAAUUCUUCUCGAUUUAUUGAUGCCAGAGAUGGGAGGACUUGACUUAUUAAAAAUUAUAAAAAGGUAUUUAAAAUUGUUAUGUAGUAUUGAUAAACUAAAGGAAACUCCAGUGAUUAUGAUGAGUGGAGAUGGGGAAACUGAUAUUGUGGCUGCUUGUCUAGGAGCAGGAGCAUUAAAUUAUUUAGUUAAACCAGUCAACUUUAAAUAAUUUUAAAGUUUAUAAGAAUUAGUCAAGAAGAAACCUAAAAAUAGAAAUGUAAUGUGUUAAUAUAUGUAGAACAAUUCAAAUGAAAAAGGGUUUUAUGAAGUUGUUAGAGAUUUAGGAAGAGGAGCUUUUGGUUGUGUUCAAUUAGUAAGAAAAAGUACUGAUUAAGAAUUAUAUGCAAUGAAAGUAAAAUUUAAAUGAAUUUAGGUAAUUCCAACUUCAUUUAUGAAUGAAUAAGAAAAGAAAAAUGCUGAAAAUGAAGUAAGUUUAUUAAGAGUUCUAACAGCUCCAACAAUAAUUAAAUAUUAUGAAAGCUUUGCUGAAAAUGAUUCUUUAAAUAUAAUCAUGGAAUAUGCAGAAGGAGGAUCAUUAAAUGAAAAAAUCUCUGAACAUAUUAGAGUUGGUUAAAAAAUACCUAAAGAUCAAAUAUUAGCUUGGAUGGCUUAAUUAGUAAUUGCUAUACAUUUUAUGCAUUCUAAGAAUAUCCUUCAUAGAGAUAUUAAAACUUAAAAUAUGUUUUUGAAUAAAGGUUUAUAUUUCAUUAUAUUUUUAAUAGAAUAGGUAAUUAAAUUAGGAGAUUUUGGAAUUUCAAAAGCAUUAGGUACUCAUGCCAAUUUUGCAUAAACCUUUUUAGGAACUCCUUAUUUUAUGCCUCCGGAAGUUAUUAGAGGUGAACCUUAUGGAAAAAAAGCAGAUAUUUGGGCAUUAGGUUGUGCAUUAUAUGAAUUGGUAAUGUUAAAACGACCAUUCUAACAUGAUGUUAUGCAAAUUGUAUUUGACAUGAUACAAAAUAAACCUUAUGAUAUGGAUCCAUCAGUCGAUUCAGAUCUUUAACAAUUAAUAGAAAAAACAUUAUAGAAGGAUCCUAAUAAAAGGCCAUUUGUGGAAGAUUUGGCUAACAUACCAUGUAUUGAAGAAAAAAUAAACUAAUUUUAUAUUGAUCAUCCAAAUGAAAGUAGAAUAAUAUAUAAAUUUUUAGCAAAUUAAAUAUUUUUCAAAAAAUAUUAACUUGGGUAAAAUAAUGAUGAUAGUGGUAACUCUUAGAAUCCAGAAGAUAAUUGUUUGAAAGUUGUAGCUGCCAUAAUUGAUAAAGUUUAACUUAGAAAAAUUACAAUAGGGAUUGUAAAUCAAAUGUAAUAUAUUUAAUAAUUAUUAUAUAGUGAAUAAAUUGGAGUUUUAGGAUCAGAUAUACUUAAUUAUCUUAAAUAAAAUUUUGAUAAAAAAAAUGAGACAGAAUUGUAGUAAUUUGUAUCAACUCUACUUGAAUAACAUUUAAUAAUUCCAUUAGAUAAUAAUAAUCAAUAACUGAUCUCUACUUCUUAUUAUUCAUUUCCAAUGUUUUUAGAAUCCAUACCUGCAAACAAUUAUUAAGUAUUUACUAGCAAUUCUCAAGAUAUGAUGUUUAUUUUAAAAAAACUCAUUAGGAAAUUUAAGGAAUUUCAAAGAAAAAUUACAGAAAAGAAAUAAUUAAGCUUUGAGGCAUUUAAUAAAAAUUUCAAUGACUUUUUCUAGUUAGUUCAUUAAACAUUAGAACUCUAGAAAGCAACAAUGAUUGACUAUUCUCCUUAAAAGAAACUUGCAGUAUAUGUUAAUAUAUAUUAAUUAAUGAGAUUACAUUAGUAAUAUAAUAUUAAUAUAAUAGAUCAUUAUAAUAAUAUUAUGUUCAAAACUUGUAGAAAAAAAAAGAAUUAAUUAAUUAACCUUGCAAUUUAUUAUAAUCUGUAAUUAGUACAAUAAUAGUUCCUCGUCCAAUUUCCUAAGAAUUCUCUUAUUGUAUAAGUGGUUAGAUAACUACUUUUGGAUAAAUAAAGCAUGGAAUCUUGAGAGGAAAUAAAAAUACUGAAAAUAUUCAUUUGCUACCUAAAGAUGACCCCAGAAUCAUAUAAUAAGAAAUAAAGGGAAUUUUCAUUUUAUUCAUAGAAGAAUAUUAAGAUCAAUAAUCAUCAAUUACUUAAGAAUUAAUCUUUUUAGAUGAAGGUUAAAUUACUUAAUAUAUUUACAAAUAAAUUUAAUAGUUUAUAUAAAAAAAUGUAAUACUUGAUUUAGUUGAAUAAGAAAUUGUAAUUCAUCCCUUAUUACAAAGUAAAUUUAUUAUUUAUUUUAGAGUACAUAAGUGAUUUUGGAUCUUAAAGAAAACUAAUUGAAUGGUUAUUAGAGAAUAUUGAUGAAGGAUAAGAUAAUAAAAAGAUUCUAAGUUAAUUUGAUAAUAAAGAGUUCUUUAUUUUAUUUAAGGAUCCUAAUGUAUUAACAAAAUAUUGA